GCGGGCGCGGCCGGAAGAUGCCAUGGACUGCAGCUCGUGCGGACUCUCGUGCAGAGAUACUGUGCUGGAGAAGAGAAUUGGGUCGACAAUCGGACUGUUUACGUGGGACACAAGGAGCCCCCCCCAGGUGCUGAGGCCUACAUUCCGCAGAGGUACCCAGAUAACAGAAUAGUCUCCGCCAAGUACACGUUUUGGAACUUCAUACCCAAGAACUUGUUUGAACAAUUCAGAAGAAUCGCCAACUUUUAUUUUCUUAUCAUAUUUCUGGUCCAGUUGAUUAUUGAUACACCCACAAGUCCAGUAACGAGUGGACUGCCACUGUUCUUUGUCAUCACUGUCACAGCUAUCAAACAGGGCUAUGAAGACUGGCUUCGCCAUAAAGCAGAUAAUGCCAUAAACCAGUGCCCUGUUCAUUUCAUCCAGCAUGGCAAGCUGGUUCGGAAGCAGAGCCGAAAGCUGAGAGUCGGGGACAUCGUCAUGGUCAAGGAGGAUGAGUCCUUCCCCUGUGACUUGAUCUUCCUGUCCAGCAGCCGGGGAGACGGGACCUGCCACGUGACAACCACCAGCUUAGAUGGAGAGUCGAGUCACAAAACACAUUAUGCAGUUCAGGACACAAAGGGAUUUCAAACAGAAGAAGAGAUAGAUGGCCUCCAUGCUACCAUUGAGUGCGAGCAGCCCCAGCCCGACCUCUACAGGUUUGUGGGCCGAAUAAAUAUUUACAAUGAUCAGAAUGACCCCGUGGUGAGGCCAUUAGGAUCGGAAAACGUGCUUCUUAGAGGAGCCAAACUAAAGAACACUGAGAAAAUCUUCGGUGUUGCUAUUUAUACGGGCAUGGAAACCAAGAUGGCAUUAAAUUAUCAAUCAAAAUCCCAGAAACGAUCCGCUGUAGAAAAAUCAAUGAAUGUGUUCCUCAUAGUGUACCUCUGCAUUCUCAUCAGCAAAGCGCUGAUAAAUACUGUCCUGAAGUACGUGUGGCAGAGUGAACCAUCCCGAGAUGAGCCGUGGUAUAAUCAGAAAACCGAAGCAGAAAGACAGAGGAACCUGUUUCUCAGGGCGUUCACGGACUUCCUGGCCUUCAUGGUUCUGUUCAACUACAUCAUCCCCGUGUCCAUGUACGUCACGGUGGAGAUGCAGAAGUUCCUUGGCUCGUAUUUCAUCACCUGGGAUGAAGAAAUGUUUGACGAGGACAUGGGCGAAGGGCCUCUGGUCAACACCUCGGAUUUAAACGAAGAGUUAGGACAGGUGGAGUACAUCUUCACAGACAAGACUGGGACUCUCACCGAGAACAACAUGGAGUUCAAGGAGUGCUGCAUCGAGGGCCACGUCUAUGUGCCGCACGUCAUCUGCAACGGGCAGGUUCUCCCCGGCGCCACCGGCAUCGACAUGAUCGACUCCUCCCCGGGGGUCAGUGGCAGGGAGCGAGAAGAGCUGUUUUUCCGGGCCCUCUGCCUGUGCCACACCGUCCAGGUGAAGGACGACGAUGACGUGGACGGGCCCAGGAAGUCACCAGACUCAGGGAAAUCCUGUGUGUACAUAUCGUCCUCGCCCGACGAGGUGGCCUUAGUGGAGGGUGUCCAGAGACUUGGUUUUACAUACCUACGGCUAAAGGAUAACCACAUGGAGAUAUUAAAUAGGGAUAAUUACAUUGAAAGGUUUGAAUUGCUGGAAAUUUUGAGUUUUGACUCAGUAAGAAGGAGAAUGAGUGUAAUUGUAAAAUCUGAUACAGGAGAAAUUUUUCUCUUUUGCAAAGGAGCAGAUUCUUCAAUAUUUCCCCGAGUAAUAGAAGGCAAAGUCGACCAGAUCCGAGCCCGAGUGGAGCGGAACGCUGUGGAGGGUCUCCGGACUUUGUGUGUUGCCUACAAAAGGCUCAGCCCAGAAGAAUAUGAAGGCAUUUAUAAAUUGCUACAGGCUUGCAAGAUGGCCCUUCAAGAUCGAGAAAAGAAAUUAAUAGAAGUCUAUGAGCAGAUAGAGAAAGAUCUUAUUCUGCUUGGUGCUACCGCCGUUGAGGAUCAGCUCCAGGAGAAAGCUGCCGACACCAUAGAAGCUCUGCAGAAGGCCGGCAUCAAAGUCUGGGUGCUCACCGGGGACAAGAUGGAGACGGCGGCAGCCACCUGCUACGCCUGCAAACUUUUCAGGAGUAACACACAGCUGCUUGAACUAACCACCAAGAAAAUCGAGGAGCAGAGUUUACAUGACGUCCUGUUUGAGCUGAGUAAAACUGUCCUGCGCUGCAACGGCAGCUUAACCAGGGACAACCUCUCAGGACUUUCAACAGAUAUGCAAGACUAUGGUUUAAUUAUUGAUGGAGCUGCGCUGUCUUUAAUAAUGAAACCCCGAGAAGAUGGCAGCUGCAGCAACUACCGAGAACUGUUCCUGAAUAUCUGCCGGAACUGCAGUGCCGUGCUGUGCUGCCGGAUGGCCCCUCUGCAGAAGGCCCAGAUUGUUAAAUUAAUCAAAUUUUCAAAAGAGCACCCUAUUACAUUAGCAAUCGGUGAUGGUGCAAAUGAUGUCAGCAUGAUCCUGGAGGCCCAUGUGGGCAUAGGUGUCAUUGGAAAGGAAGGUCGUCAGGCUGCAAGGAACAGUGACUAUGCAAUACCUAAAUUUAAGCAUUUAAAGAAGAUGCUACUCGUUCAUGGGCAUUAUUAUUACAUUAGGAUAUCUGAGCUUGUGCAAUACUUCUUUUAUAAGAAUGUCUGCUUCAUUUUCCCUCAGUUUUUAUACCAGUUCUUCUGUGGGUUUUCACAGCAGACGCUGUACGACACCGCCUACCUGACACUGUACAACAUCAGUUUCACUUCCCUUCCGAUUCUCUUGUACAGCCUGAUGGAGCAGCACGUCGGCAUGGACACACUCAAGAGGGACCCUUCCCUCUACAGAGAUAUCACCAAGAACGCUCUACUCCGCUGGCGAGUGUUCAUUUACUGGACAUUCUUAGGAGUAUUUGACGCUCUGGUAUUUUUCUUUGGUGCUUACUUCAUGUUUGAAAAUGCAUCUGUGACCAGCAAUGGACAGAUAUUCGGAAACUGGACCUUUGGGACGCUGGUGUUCACUGUGAUGGUGUUUACCGUCACACUAAAGCUGGCAUUAGAUACACACUACUGGACUUGGAUAAACCACUUUGUCAUCUGGGGGUCGCUGCUAUUCUACGUUGUCUUUUCCCUCCUCUGGGGAGGAAUCAUCUGGCCAUUCCUCAAUUAUCAAAGGAUGUACUAUGUGUUCAUCCAGAUGUUAUCCAGUGGCCCUGCCUGGCUGGCCAUCAUCCUGCUCAUCACGAUCAGCCUCCUUCCCGAUGUUCUCAAGAAAGUCCUGUGCAGGCAGCUGUGGCCCAGCGCCACAGAGAGAGUCCAGGACAUGCCCACCCAGAGUCGGGACCUCUUUGAAGUCAGCCGUUUUGUCUCUCUGCACAGCCCCCACGCCUCGGCCAUCUGCCCCACACAGGUGACGCUAACGUGCCCAGAGAGCAAGGAGUGCUCGGUCCUCCCUCCCAUGGCCUGUGUCUCGGACACCUGUCACCAUCCCAGCGGGAAGCCCUGCUGCCAUGAGCCCUGCAGGGAGGCAGGUGGCGAACAGAUCACCAGUUCAAGCCUUUAAGACCCGCACGCGGGUGUGCGCCGAGCACGCCGGUGCUUGUCCUCUGCCCCCAGAGGAGGAAGAAGGGGCACAGGACCCGUCUGGAGUGCGGAGGCUGGCAGUCUGCGUUGUCAUUUCCCACAGGCCUGGUGGCCUCGGGCAUUUAGUUGGGCUGCUAAAAAGAAGGCGUGCACAGGGCCUGCUACAUCCGUCCCAGGUCAGGGUCUCUGUCUGCGCCCUCCGUCAUCUCCGCCACACGCAUCGCCCGAGGAGGACGUCUGCUUGGAGAUGGGCUCAGCUCUGAGCGGGAGGCAGUCACCCCCACCCGCCCUGUAAGCACAGAUGUGACUCUCCCUUGCGGAACCGAUGGUCUGGCCGCCGCCUCCUCCUCCAGAGACCUCUGAUAUUCCGCUUGCGGCACAGACACUGGAGUAAUCGUGCAUCCAUCCCCCACCAAGUCGCCUGCUGUGCUGUUGCUUCUGUUCAGAACCCUCCACGUACCGAAGCUGAUUCUUAGGGUUGCGUCUGAUUCAAAGUUUGUUUCUCUGAGGGAGAUGUGACCCCUGUGUUUUGGACUCUGUGUGUUUCCAUGUCUCUCCCUUUCCCGUUCCCUCAGAGGGAAAAGAGUACUCACAUAGGAGGAAUGGGCAGUACUGUCCAUGGAAGCUUUCCCAGUACCAGUUUUGAGAUAUUUAUCUUUGCCUCCAAGGGUGAGGUGUGUCAGUUUACUCUUUAUUUCGUGGGGGCCAGGGGAAGGGUGGUGGUCUCUUUCAGCGCCCUCACAGAGAGGUGGCCUCAAGGGGCAGUGUUCAUCUUCCAAAAUCUAUACAGGCCCACGCGGGUCUGCCCCCUAGAUGGCCUGUGGGUUCUAAAAAGCAAUAUCGCCACUCUAGGCUGCCACCUCCCUGGUAGCUCUGACCAAAGCUCACGCUGAGCUUUCUGUUCGACCUCUGCCUUGUGCGUGCUGUCCAGUGGGUAGACCAUCAGGAGGCUGCUGAGUUCAAGUUCUGUCACUUUCCUGCACUGGCGUUUCUAUUUCUAGGAAUAACCUAGUUGACAUAGCCUUAAUGGUCCAUAAGGAAGACAUUUCAGUGUGAGAUUCAAACUUGAAACGUUAAAACUGAUGCCUUUUUAGAAAAGUGUCACCUGGAAACUAACCUAAAAGCAGGGUCCUGGUCCGCUGGCCGAUCUCACGCUGUGGAGUUGGGGGAUGUUGGUAAGUGAACCCCAAGUUUGCUUCUGAGAUGCUGGAUGUUACAUAGUUUUGGAAGUUCAAAUUUCACAAUUUGAUUGUAUAAUGUUUCACCUGAAGUAUUUAUUUGAUGUAGGGGAUAAAUUCACAGUAAGAACAGUGAACACAGUAGUUGGGGUGAAUUGAGGGGAAGUGUGAACACCAUACCAAAGACUAGGUAACGAAAGUCUGGCGCCCUGUCCGUCCUGAGGGUCGUCCUCACCACACCCACCCGUCCCAUCCUGUCUUCCUGACACUCCCCAUGUUCUGUGUGUGGUGGCAGCCCUUGGCCAUUCUGAUCCACACUAGACCCUGCAAACAAUGGUGUGCACAUUUUUACAACCGUUUUUAAGAACCUAAUAUGGGUAUAAAUGUAAUACCUGUAGGGGGGACAGAUUGUAUGUUUAGUUAACAAAUUCUUUGUAAUGUAUUUUUUUAGGAAUCUUAAAAUUGCCUUUGCACUGAAGUAUUUUCAUAGCUGUUUAUAUCUCUUAUUCGUUUAUUUGUCAACAUACCAUGUCUAAUUUUUAAAGUAUGUUUUUAAAGCUUUUUAUUUUUUAAGUUGAUGAAAUUUUGGCCACUUUAAAUUCUGGUGAGAGUUUUGGCUGAAUGUCUCGAUAUCUGAUGAAUGUGAACUUUCAGGUUUGAUUUUAUUCUCUACACCUGUUCGUUUUUGGUGUUUCUGGUGGCAGUGAUUCGUUGGAAGGCAUAUUCAGAGUGUAAUAUUUUGCUAUGCUUGUUCUUCACAGUUCAUUGCAAUUUCAUCUGCUUUUUGUUUUGUUUUUAAUUUCCAUCUUCCCGCCUUAAAACAGAAGCUUCUUACUUGAUGGUUCGGUAUCUUCUUUCCACCUGUAUUGAGACGGUUACCAUUUACCUCAGAUCAUUGAAGUCGCAUGUGAAAGUCACUAAGCCUGUACAUGCUCCAUAAUGUUUCCUAAAAACAUGUGGGAAAUGAAGGGACUCUGCCUGCGAGGGGCAGGAGACAGAAACAAAGGGAGGAAGAGAAGAGCCCCACUGAAAUGACAUUUCAGAUACGUCUCUGAUAUUCAGAUAUUAAUUAAUGUUAUUUCUUUUCACCUCACAGGAGUUAGCAUUUACUUGCCUUUAUCUUUAAAGCAAGUAACUUUAAGCAUUUUCCUUAGUGUUGAAACUCUUAUUCAUGACUGCCUAUGUUAGUAGAUCAUUAACUCAUAAUUUCCCACGUUGGUCAGAAUUUCUGGUUCCUACCCCGCAUUCCAGCCCAACAGCCAGUCAUCUAUAAGCACGAGUGGUCCCGACCAUGUCACAUUCUCUCACUCUCAGCGUCACAUCCACUCACAGCCACACAUGUGCACAUGUGCCAGUUCUCAUGCACACAUACAACACACACACAUAUACACGUUCCCCAGGCCCCACGCAUCCCUGCCUCCUUCCUAAGGGGAUCACGUGAGGAGCCCCCAGAAGACAAGGCUUCUUGGGCCUCCAUGCUGAGUGCCCACGGGGAUACGGGGAGCGGGGGGAGGAGGGGAGAGACUUUGCAGGGCAGCCCCUGGGUUUGAGCGGAGCUGCUGGGUAGCCCAAACUCCUCCUUUUCAGGAAGUCCAACCUCUCCCCUCCCAACUGACACCCCCACCACCAAAGCUUCGCCCUGAGGACAAGUGGCAGAAAGUGGCAUCUGGACCCUCCCAGCUGCAGUCUUCACAGGAGUUCAGGAUCGUGGGCUGGCCCUCUGCCACGGGGCAGCUAGGAAAAAAGCAUCCUUCCCUUAACAUUCCUGUUAGAACCCAAAUCAACCCACUCCUGUGCAUUUGACACAAUAGGGUGAACACAGACCAGGUGACACCUGGUGGUGGCCGCCUGGACUAGGGAAGGAGGCUGAAAGCAACCUGCUUCUGCAAUAACAGGUUUAAAGAACUGCAGUUUGGCCUGGUGAGAUCUUGCAACUUUAACUACAAACAUGUCUCACCCCUGCUGUGCUCACUAUUCUUAAAUUGCUGGGCAUCACCAAAUGUUCAGUGCAAUCUACAGGGAGUUUUCUGGCCUUUUUCUUUAAACCACUAAGUUCACCUCUUUUGCACUGACUAGUAAUAACCUAAAGCAACCACUUCUACUUUACCUUUAAAUUAAUAUUAUUUAUUUGAUAACUCAAUAUAACACCGUGGUAUGCAGUUUCUUGUGUUCUACGUUUCUUUUAGAAGUUUCCCAUUUGUAACUUUAAAAACAGGAAAAAUUUCUGUUGGUUAAUUCAUUUUUUUUAAGUAGAGGGUAGGUAAAUGAGAAUGAGAAUCAUUCUGAUAUUGUCUAUCAACAAAGUUUUAAUGAAGACAUGUUGGAAGUAUUAUUAAAGUGUGAUUCUACUUUUGCAGAAAAAAUAUAUAAAGAUCAGUUUAUAUAGCUUUAUUUUUUACCUUAUCAAAAUACACAGAAUUUUAAUAUGCAUAUAUUGUCUGUGAUUUAAAAUUAUAAUGUGUGUCUGCAUCGCCAUUUAAAAUGUCCAUUGAUUAUGUAAUGCAAUAAAAGAGAAUCUUCAAAAAUGUAUUUAGCAGGAAUGGAAUCUGUAGUUGUCAUCAUCAUAAAUACUGGAAUUUAUUUUUAAAUUAUUGACUAUAGUAGGUGCGUUUAAGAUAAUGUCAGCCUCCAGACAGUCAUGUUUAAUUGAUAGUAAUUCAUUAACCUGCUUUGAAACAUUAAAUUAUAAAUUAAACCAAAUCUUACAUUUCUGUACAGUUUAUUUUGUAUGCUGUUUUUAACUUUUAUUUCUGUAGAUCAAGUAUGAGUUAAUAUUAAUUAUAUUGGACUUUUCGGCAGAUUAUCUAAGCAGGAGACUUGAAUCUGCUUGCAAUAAAGAAGAAAAAAUGUC